ACCAUGGCGACAAGACUUGCUGUCGGAUUUGUCUGCAGUGUGUUUCUGGUUCUUAUACACAAUGGUUUAGUCUGGGGUGAAACCGACUUGACUACGACCGCAGAGUCGAAAGGCGCAGCUGUGGUCGACGCUGUCGUUGAUCUUAUCCACCACGCCUGCAUCUUUGAUGAUGACAACUUUUUCUUGCGACGUCUGGCUUUUGUCGAGAGCAGAGACGGUAACAAUGGCAACACCUACCGGCAGGGUUACGACGGCGGGAUUUGGCAGGUGGACAACGACAAGUUCCGUCAGACACAGACGUCGUCUUACGCUAGUAUAUAUUACUCCAAGAUUCUGUCAAGUAACCUGCAUAUUGAUUGGCCCAGCGUAACCUGGGCUGACCUUCGGAAACCUUUAUACUCUGCCAUUGCCGCUCGUCUCUACAUAGAGGUCAUAAACCAAAGACAGCCUAUUCCAAGGGAGAUAAGUAUGCAGGCUCAAAUUUGGCAUCAGGAUUAUCACAACUCUAAUCCAGCUCCGACCUCCAACUUCACUGCCACUGCGGAUCUUCUCACACAGAGCUGCAGCGGAGAUAAACCACUUGACGCCGUGUUUAUUCUGGACUGUUCAGGAAGUGUCGGUGCCAGGGAUUUUGAAAAAGCGAAGCAGUUCGUCAUCAAAUGGAUACAAGCCUUUCACAUCGGACCGGCCGCCACACAGUUAGCCGUCCUUUCAUACAGUAGAGGAGUACACGUGGAAUUCGAUCUGAACACAUAUCAUACCAGCUCCGAACUCAUCAGUCAUGUAAAUCGCACUCAGUUUAUGGGAGGAGGAACGAACACCGCAGCUGCCAUCAGUGUCGCUGUAGACAGAUCCCUUUCGACACAAUUUGGCGCGCGUAAUAAUGUAGCGCGCGCUAUAAUUCUGGUAACAGACGGCCAGUCAAAUGAUCAUGCUGCUACAGUACGCGAAGCUGCGCGCGCACGCAGUAUGCAAAUUACCUUGUUUGCCGUAGGCGUGGGAAGUGGUAUUGACAAACGCGAACUGAAUGAUGUUGCCACAGACCCUGACUGCACCCAUGUGUUCCUGGUUCAAGACUUCUCCAAGAUCGAAUUCUUGAAGCAACAAAUGCAAGAAGCAACGUGUAAAACUAAAAUCCACGUCGCUGUAACGCCCGGCAAAAACCACACUAACGGUACUAACGAAGAAGUGAGAUGUCCGCCAACAUGUACUGUGGCGAUCACAGAGGGAAACACCACCGGCAACGGCAGUGAGACAGCAUUUGUGACAUGGGUCAACUGCAGCUCUGCCAUCGUGUACGGCGCCUACAAUAACCCUAAUCCAGGUGUGGCUUACUACGAGAUCAAGUCCGUGGCGACCCUCGACAAGCCCUCGGUGAUCUACCUUGACAAUGACGGAAGAACACUGUAUAUCACUAUAGAAGGCCAUUCGUACAGCUUUGGAGUUAACAAUUCCAAAAUCUGCGAGUCAGUAUCGAAAGUUAUGCCAAGAGACGAAAUCCAUGUUGACAGAAAGCCUGAGGUAGUUUGCAUCGACAAAGGGAUCGAAAGGGAAUGUACUCCUGCUGAUCUAAUCGAUUUCAAGUUAGGACUGUGUACAGUGUCUUGGGAAUUCCCAAACCCUUGUACGAGAGAGCACCUUCUUGACCGCCGGCUGAAGUUCCCACAUCCCCACCAUCUCGACAGGUAUCUCAUGUGUGACUUCGCCGGUAACGUUUACAUCGUCCAGUGUCCCGAGGGCCAGGUGUACAACCACGUGACACAGACGUGUGGGCUUGGACACGGGACCCCCGGGAGCAUCAACGGUACAAGAAUCCCCUUGGGAUCCGACCUGACCAACCCCUGCACAGUGGAAGCCAUACUGGCAGGGCACAUGCUCUUUGCCGACGUGUACGACAACACGAAAUUCAUCACCUGCGACGUCUGGGGAAACGCUUGGCUUAGCGAUUGCCCGCGCGGCUUUAUCUGGGACCCCAGGGACAUGCGUUGUGUGGUGGAGAGCUCAAUCGAACAUGUCCAAGGUCCAGGGCCCUUAGAACCCAACGUGCCCAACCCUUGUAACAAAGAGCAUAUCGCUGCCAGAUUAUUCUUCUUUCAUUAUCCCUACGCCAAGGACCGGUACAUUCAGUGUGACGUUUGGGGCGAUGCGUAUGUCAUGUUGUGUUUCGCUGGAGGUCACUGGAAUGACCUUGCUAAUUCUUGCACUUCAGGAAACAUGGGAUGAACAGAACACGAUGUAAUCGUCAUCCAUCAGUUUGAAAGCUUGUUUGAGAUGACUAUAUGUACGUUUCUAACAAUUCCGAUGUAACGCGGUUGUUCACCAUUAAUAAACGGUACUUUUGAAUGGAUUGCAGAUUGUUAUUCUAAGGCUGAUUGGGUUUUCUCAUAUGUGUUAUUUAUGUAUUUGGUGUUUUAAGCCGUAUUCAAAAAUAUUUCGCUUUUACGAAGGCGACCAGCAUCAUGGUGAGAGGGAACCGUGCACAGCAUGGGGAAAGCUACGUUCUUCCGCAGGAUGCCGGCAGACCUUCCCACUUACGACCGGAGAGUAAGCCAGCAUGAGCUGGAUGAACUCACAAUAAUCUCGUUAGCGAAAGAAUCCUGG